AUGUCUUUCUUCAAGAAGAUCUCCAAGGAGUUUGAGAACCUCGGUCUUGGAGGCGAUAAGAAGGAGGAAUCCUCCGCGCCUCCUGAGGGUCAGCGCGGUUAUGGCUACCACGGCGAGGGCGGCCAGGGCGGUCCUCCUCCUGCGCAGUACUAUGCCGCUCCUCCCCAGCCCGGCUAUCAACCCCCUUCCGACAAACCUCCUCUGCCUGAGGGCUGGACUGCCCAGUUCGACCAGCAACACCAGCGCUGGUUCUAUGUUGAGGUAGCUACGGGUCGCUCCCAGUGGGAGGCUCCCCGCCAGUAUAACGCCCCGGCGGUCCCUCCUCCGGAUUCUCGCCCUCCCAUGGAGUCGCACGGCUCCGACGGAUCUCGUGGCUACGGUGGUGCUCCCGGCUACGGCUCCCCCGCUCCUGGCGGCUAUGGCUCUCCCGCUCCUGGAUAUGGCUCUCCUGCCCCUGGCUACGGAGGCGUGCCGGGAUACGGUGCACCUCCCCCCGGCCACGGUGGUGAAUAUGGUGGUGGACAGGACACCCGUGGGUACGGACACGACCAGGGCUACGGCCAGAACCAAGGCUACAACCAGGGUCAAGGCUACAACCAGGGCUAUGGACAUGACCAGAGCCAAGGCUACGGUCAAGAUGGCAACCGCGGCGAGCAGAAGGAGAAGAGCGGCAAGUCGGGCAUGCUUCUCGGUGCCGCUGGUGGUCUCGCCGUCGGUGCUAUCGGUGGCGCCCUAAUCGCCAACGCCCUGGACGACAGCGAUGAUGAGCACCAUGCAGCUGCAGCUGCUGCUCCUGCUGCAGCUCCCCCCGCAGCCGAAUACAACACAUACAACACCUACAACACCUACGAGUCGGCUCCCCCCCCUGAGGACGACGGCCCACCUGCUGUCCUCCCCGCUACGGACGCGGAUGGCGAUUCCGUGUCAUCAAGUGACCGCGAGGACGUCCAGGAAGCUCGCGAGGAGUACGAGGAGGCGCUUGCCGACUCGGACGCUAGCCAGAGCGAUAUUGAGGAGGCCCGUGAGGAGUACGAGGAGACGUAUGAGGAAGUCUACGAGGACUAA